GUCAUCCUGUCAUCACAUCGAUCGCAACAUUACAUGGAAGCCGAAGGGCUGCCAAGCAAAACUAUAACAUGAAUUUAAAAUUGUAACAAAAUCAAAAUCCGAGUAUCUUGUUAACUUACCUUCACGAUAAAGAUGGAAUCAAGCGAUGAUUUAAAAAUGUCGAGCUUGGGAGAAAGCAAUUUGGGAGACGAGAAUUCGACCGAAGGUUUUGAUGACAAUGAAAAUGGAUUCGAUGAAAAGUCUUCCUUGGUUACUCAAGGGGACUCGGACUUCGAAAAGGCAUCCAGAAAUACCAAAACUAAAGACAUGGACCGAAGUCUUUACAUGGAAAAUACCGUCUCGUGGAUGUCAGCUGCAACGCAUAUCAUCAAGGCCAACUUAGGCAUGGGAAUGCUAGGGAUGCCAUUUGCUGUCAUGAAUGCAGGGCUUGUGGUUGGUCCACUUUUGAUUUUGGGUACCGGCAUUGUAGUUAUCCACUGUAUGCAUUUAUUGGUGCAAAGCAGUCACUUGUUCUGUGACAGAAGUAAAAAUAUGUCGCUUGGCUAUGCCGAAGUGGCAGAAAUGGCUGUUGGCCUAUACUACCCGUCAAUGAAGUCAUGGGGAAGGACACUGGUGAACAUUUUUCUUGUCAUCACCCAGCUUGGGUUUUGCUGUAUUUAUUUGAUCUUUGUAGCUGAAACAUUUCACCAGAUUUUACUAGAGCAUGUCAAUCUAGAUGUCAAAGUAUGGGUUGCAAUCCUUUUAGUUCCCGUCAUUUUGUUGUCAUAUAUACGCACAUUAAGGGUCAUGGCUGUUCUUUCUGCAGUUUCCAAUUUCCUGUAUAUUYCAGGCACUCUGUGCCUUUUAGUGUAUGCUGGACAUACCAUUCAUAGCCCUGAGAAACUGCCUUACUUUGUUGGCUUUGGCUCAUUACCACUGUCAUUUGGCACCAUAGUGUUUGCAUUUGAAGCAAUUGGUGUUAUCCUGCCAGUUGAGAACAUGAUGGCAUUGCCUCGUUACUUCUGCCAUGUCAUUAAUGGCGCAAUGAGCUUUGUCUUAAUAGCAUCAACACUCCUUGGGACACUGGGAUAUCUGUCCUGUGGUGAACACUGUUUUGGCAGUUUUACAUUAAACCUACCAAACACAGUAUUUGGAGAUGUUGUCAAGCUCAUGUUUGCAGUGGCUAUUAUCUUUACAUAUUUCAUCCAAUUCUAUGUCCCUGUAAACAUAAUUAUACCACCUCUUAAAGCAAAGGUUGCAGAAAAAUUUCACAACUAUAUGGAGUAUGGCAUUCGAACACUAAUGGUGUGCUGCACAGCAAUUCUAGCAGUUGGCAUUCCUCAGCUUGGUCACAUGAUCUCCCUUGUUGGUUCAUUUGGAAGCAUAUCAUUAUCGAUCACAUUCCCAGCACUUAUUAACUUGGCAGCUCUCCAUCAUGAGCAAAAAAUUAGCAAGAUUCUUCUUGUCAAGAACAUAAUAAUCAUUGUGUUUGGUGUCCUGGGAACAUUGACUGGGGUUUUUGUAUCCAUUGUUGACAUUGUUUGGACAUUUCAACAUGGAGGSGAACAUAUUGCUCACCAUAGACACCUUGCUAACUCAACACGUUCAUUUUAAGGAAGUGAUUCUAAAUUUCAUUGAGUUCUUUUUAUCAUGACCAUUCUCUACCUCUGCCUACAUGUACAUAUUGAAGUGAUUAUAAGUGUUUGGGGUUUAUUAAUUUUCACAAUAAGGUUAUUAUAAAAAGGAAAAUCAAUGAUGUAGUAGAGCACAAUGUGCAAACAUAUAAAAACCUAUUAACACUACAAAGCACCAAUAAGACAGUAGAAUUGAUAUCAACAAUAUUAUAAUUUAUAAUUUCA